CUUAUAAUUGAUUUGAAGUAACAGAUUUCUCUCUGUACAACUAGUCGUUAUUACUCAAACGGUAACUUCUUCCCCCAUCCAUUGGGCGCUUGGUGUUCACGCAUUGUCUAAUGGGGACGCCGGCGGAUCCCAAUCCGGCGCGUAUCUCAGAGAGAGACUAUGCAUCCCACAACUGGGAAGAUAACUUUGGAAGAAGAAAUCCCCACCAAAUCCAAAUAUGCGAUGGCUUUGAAAGCUCCUUAACAGCAAACCCAAGUUCAUCACCCUAUGGUGACCCAACGGUUAAAGCUCGAUUCUCGACUCAUAAUGGGAUGCCAGCGAUUAUAUUUAAAGGUAGCGAUUACUAUGGUGUUAUGGCGGAAGAAUGCAAACGGACAAUCGCGGGCAAAUUUCUCAGAACCAGGCCUCAAAUUGAAAAAAUUCGAACCAAAUUUGCUGAGAAAAUCUCUGUCAAAAGAUGAUAUUCUCAUUUUCAGCAAUGGCAAUAAUAGAUCCAUGAGGUUGAUCAUAAAACAAAUAAGAAGAUAUGAGCAAAGCUUUGGAAAACAAAUCAACAGCAACAAGAGUUACUUUCUCACUGCUCCAAAGACUGCAGCUACAAGAAUCAAUAGAAUGAUGGCUUGUACCGAAUUCAUAGAGAAGGAAUUCUCAUUCAUAUACUUGGGAUGUCCAGCCUAUGUAGGAAAAAAAGAUAGAAUAUUUUGACAAUAUGGUAAGCAAUGUAAUGCAAAGGCUAAAUAGUUAGGCAAGGUAGAAUGUUGUCAUAUGGUGAAAGGAUAGUGCUCAUAAAAAAUAUUUUGCAAGCACUAUCUACAUACAACCUUAGUGCAUUAGUACCCCCAAAGGAAGCUUUAACUUACUAGAAAAACAUUUUGAAAACUUCUUUUGGGGUUCUAAUGGUGACACCAACAAAUAUCACUGGAG